CACCAACAAAUAGACCCUACAGAAAGAAGGCCACUUCGGACAUCUGUUUUCCACCAUGGGACUGUGUUCUCAUAAUGGAUUGUUAGUGAUGUUGCUUUUUCAUCUUUGCCAGGCACAAGAUGAUGCUCUCCCGUCCCCUGACCCCGAGCCGGCCCCACCAAGCCUGGGUGAUGUGAUUGAUGCAGUGAAGGCAGCAUUCGAGCAUGCAGUACAGAUCUCGACAACUGGCGCCGUACGCGAAGCCUUGGAGCAUGUUGUAGGGGAAAUCACGCCACUGAAGACUCCGGCAGAGCAGGAGUCACCAUCAGUAGAAAACACAGCAGAUCAUACAAUAGAAGAAGCAGCUGAAGAAGUGCAUCUCAAUGAAGGAGAACCAGAUGUGCAUAUGUCAGAAUCAAAUGAACAAACAUACGAGGAAACCGCUCAAAAAGGGCUGGCCCAAGAUAUAGAGCCUGCAGAGGGGAUUCAAGGACUGAUAGCUCAGGAGGAGCCAGAACAGAAAUCAGUUAUAAAACCUUCGGACCUUGAGGCAAAAGAUUCGAUUCAGGAACCAGUAGAAUCAGUUUUGCAAGACCCUGAGAUUGUUGGAGUGGGUGAACCAAUGACAGAGGAAAGCCAGUCAGAGGAAUCACCGGUCCAGACAUAUACUGUCACACAAAAGGAAAAUGAACCAGGAAGAGGAGCUGCGGAAAUGAACAAGGGAGGCAAAGAGGUUGAAGAGGGUGCAGAAGAGCCAGGGCAGGGAUUUAUUGAGGACAAAGGAAAAAUAGAAGUAGAGGUGACAAUUGGUGGUGGAGAAGUUAAAGUAGAAGUACCACAGGAAGAAGAAUCUGUGGAAAGGCAAGAAAAGGAUACAGAAUCAGAGCAUAGUGAAGAGGAAUGGCAGGCAGUAACAGCACAGAUGGGUACAGAUGGUGGUGUGGUUGAUAUGGAUGAAGUAGAACAGGAAGAGGAAGAGCAGGGAGCAGCAAAGACUGAAGAAAGUGUGAUUGAAGUUGAAACAAGUAGAGAGGAGGUAAAGGCUGGAUCUGAGGCACAGCUUCAGAAGGUUUCAAGAGAGGAGGAUGUUCUUCCAACUGACAAAACAGUACCAGAGAAAACUCAACAGGAACCAGAGGUCACCGUGGAUACUAAGGGACCAAUUAAGUUGCAGGAUCCUGUUAUCACCAAGUCUAAAGCAACAGGCGGUAAAACACAUGAGGCACGUGAUGUAAAUGAGAUUAUCAACACCAGGGACCCGAAUGGGAAAAAUCCAGGUGAAGCGGUGUUGAUGAACACUAUUGAGGAGCUCCCACCAACACCAGUUCUCAAACUGAGGCUCGGAGACACUGAUGCACCAAUGGGGGAACACGUUGAAUCUACACAGACCAAAGCCAUAGGGCAGGACGCUUGGAAGAUAGGAGCCAUAGCAGCAGCUUUCUUUCUCAUUCUGCAAACGGCUGUCACCAUAGUUUACAUUCUGAAGUGCAGGAGAAAGCCAAACAGUGUGGCCCCAAAGAACCCGUGUGCAGGAGGAAACGGGGGUGUAGAAUGUGACGCAAACAACACAGACACCACCAUUCCAGUCGAUGAACAAAGUGCUGUAGACGACCUUCCAGAGUACUCGCAGGUCCAGCAAGAGGACGUUGCUAUGACAACUGUCCCACUGGAUUCCACAGAGAAGAAUUCGUCCUAUGAACCCAGAACCUCUGCUGUUUAGCAUUGCCGACCUUAAGGAGUAGAUGUGCAAGUGUGUGUGUAAAUGAUUGAGUGUCUGAACAUGUGUGUGUGUCUAUAUGUGUAUUGAACGGUCUGGUUAACCUUGACUGCAAAUGUCACUCAUUUGUUAUUCCCCGGCCCAUACAGAAGAAUGACCUAUUAUUUGCACUGCAAAAAAACAUCUUCUUACCCAGUAUUUUUGUCUUGUCUUCCAGUACAAAUAUCU